UACAGACGUACCGGGGGAAGAGUCGGCGAUAUAACUGGCCUACUGCCUUACAUGGGCAAAUAUCUGGAGUGACUGAGACGGCUGGAAUGUCGAGCAGUGACGUCACGGCCGCAACUUCUCUCCGAGAAAUUUUGGAUGAAGAAGUUUCACUAUUUGUGGGAUUUUGAACCCUCUUGUUUAUUCCUAGAAAGCGAGACAUCUAAGUUGAUCUCCACAACCAAGACCGAGAUAAAGGGACCAUAGACAAGCCAGGAGGCCCCAUACAUCCAGAAAGGAGAAAAGUGUGGCUCAGGAGGUAGAGUGGGUUGUCUAUUAAUCGGAAGGUCAUUGGUUCGAUCCCCGGCUCCAUCACAGAGCAUGUCAAAGUAUCCUUGAGCAAGAUAAUGAACUCCUAACUGCUCCUGAUGACUGAUGAGCAGGUGAAUGAUCCUUUAUUUCCUGGCUUCUCUAAGUGUUGAAAGUUUGGAAUCAUGUGGAGCCAACCAAACAGUAAUGUUGAGCAGAUGGGGCAAGUGACUGCCCGGAUGGAGACUACUCCUGUUCUGGGGAACACCAGCAUCUCUAUCUCGCAGCAACAGGCACCAAAGAAAUUUGCCCCAGUCGUCGCACCCAAGCCGAAAUUCAACCCUUACAAACAACCAGGAGAAACCCACUCUGACACCGGAGUGGACUACCCUCCCCCUCCACCACCUGCUGAAGAUAUGAGUGUGCACCCUUCAUUGCCAGGUUCCUUCCCUCCUCCUCCACCCGUGACUUCAUAUGAGCAUCAGGUGAAAGGACCAGUGAAGACCCUUGAGGAGAGACGCUCUAGUCUGGAUGCUGAGAUUGAUUCCCUCACCAGUAUUCUGGCAGACCUGGAGAGCAGCUCACCCUAUAAGCCACGGAAUACACAAAAUUCUAGUGGCCAGGCAGUAACCAACGCUCCCAAUGCUCCAGUGACUGGCUAUAAGCGUAUGGUUAUUCCAACCCAGCCUCCUCUUACCGCCACCAAGAAGUCUACACCCAAACCCCAGGCUCCCGGGGGAGUCUCUUCCACACUUCCUUCUUCUGCCUCUCCAGUGGCUAAGCCUCAAUGCCAGAUGGCUCCUCAGCCAGUUCCAGCCUCCUAUGCCACAGCCUCCACCCCUAGCCAGCCUACCUUCAAUGUUCAAGUGAGGUCUGCCCAGCCAGGCCCACAGCACCAGUCUCCAGGUGGCCAAUAUUUUGCCCAGCAGCCGGUCCGCAGUGCUGCACAGGUGCAAUAUAUGCCUGCCCAGCCCAAAGGUCCUGACUUUGCUUAUGGACCACCACAGCCAGGGUUUUCCCCCAUGGCCCAAGGUUCCUACCCAGACCAGCAGUAUCCUGGGAUAACACAAGGUGGUGGCCAGGGCACAUGGAGACAAGAGCCUGCCCCGGCCCAAGGAUACCAGCCCCCAGGCCCUAAGAAGACUUACAUCACAGACCCCCCGCCAAGCUUGGCUCCUUAUAGUUCUGGCCCAACAGUUCCACCAAAGGCUACUGUUCCCAGCAACCCCGUUUCCCGUCCUGAGGACGAGUUGGAGCGCCUGACCAAAAAGAUGCUGUUUGACAUGGACAACCCUCCAUCUGAAGAAUACUUUGGGCGCUGCGCCAGCUGCGGUGAGAAUGUAGUGGGUGAAGGCACCGGCUGCACUGCCAUGGACCAGGUCUUCCAUGUUGACUGCUUCAUUUGCAUGACCUGCAGCACCAAGCUGCGUGGCAAGCCCUUCUAUGCAGUGGAGAAGAAGGCCUACUGUGAGCCCUGCUACAUUAACACCCUGGAGACCUGUACCAUCUGCAGUAAGCCCAUCAUGGAGCGCAUCCUGCGAGCCACAGGGAAAGCCUACCACCCUCACUGCUUCACCUGCGUGGUGUGCCAGCGCAGCCUGGAUGGCAUCCCUUUCACCGUGGAUGCUGCUAACCACAUCCACUGCAUCGAGGACUUUCACAAGAAGUUUGCCCCCCGCUGCUGUGUGUGCUCUGAGCCUAUAAUGCCAGCACCGGGCCAGGAAGAGACUGUUCGUAUCGUGGCUCUGGACCGUGACUUCCACGUGCAAUGUUACCGCUGCGAGGACUGUGGUUCUCUGCUCUCUGAGGGGGAUAACCAGGGCUGCUACCCUCUGGAUGGCCAUGUCCUUUGCAAAAACUGUAACACCAGCCGCAUCCAGGCCCUGACUGCCAAGGCUACCACUGACCUCUGAACAACCCCAGCACCCGGUCACCUCCACUGUGUUGACUCAGUCACUCCCACGCUAACUCGCUCUCUCUCUCUCUCUCUCUCUCUCUCUCUCUCUCUCUCUCUCUCUCUCUCUCAUACACACACACACACAACACACCCGCCAAAGCUUGCUGUCCUCAGCGUUCACAAGUCAAUAUCCUAUAUCUUUAGUAUAACAUCAAACAGCAGUAUAUCUGCACAUUACAGUAUAUUUAAAGCAGUGGAUUCAGUACAACCACAGUGGAAUUAUUUCUUUUUUCGUUUUUGUUUUUUUUUGUUGUUUUUUUUUGGGGGUAUUUGCAUUUUGAAUGUGCUUUUGCAGAAUCAUUCCAAAAUCCAAAUGCAUGGUCAUUGUCCUUACAUCUCAUUACAUGGCAUAGUCAUUGUAAGCAAUUACAUGUUCUGGGCAUAGUGAAAAUGACAUGUUCAGCCAUAUCUUACUGGUUGACAGAGUAUCUUGAUCUAUAAUGGAUUUCCUUAAACCUCUCAAUAUAUUUGACACAUUUAGCUAAGAUGUAAGGUCAAAAUCCAAGUAUUUGUGUGACUAUAGCUUUAGCAAUGUUAAGAAAUUUUAUCAGCGUAUUUCAUCUAUAAAUGCAAUUAAUGUUACUCUUUAGUGUUCAGCGGUACAUAACACAUACGGCACCAAUGUUGCAACUUUAGUCUAUAUAAAUAUGAAUAACAUGCAGAAGCACACACUGAAGCUCAUCCUUGCACAGCAGAUCUGAGAGGCACGUAGUAGAAUUCCAAACAGUCUCAAAGUGCUCUGUAGCUGAACACCAAAGACUUUGAUUUAGCAUGCCAUUUACAAUGUGUACUUAUUUUAUAUGUACCCUUUUUAAGAAUGACUUAAAUCGAUUGGAAAUGCGGGAACUGCAAGCAGUGAUUCUGAGAGUCAAAUGAUUCAAUCCUGAACAGGCAGCUGUAGAAUACAAUUUCCUUUUAACAUGCUUUUGUAAUAUCCCAAUAGAGUUUACCCCAUUAGACAUCCUCCUCUCUGUUGUACACAGCACAAUUACCACAUUCCUUACGUAUGGAUAUGAGUAUGCUUUAUUGUGACAAAGAAAAUGGGUUUAUUCUUGUAUUUUUCAUUGAAGUGAAUUCACUAUCUUAAGAGAUUUGUCCAUUUGGAUUUAUCAGUUAAACAGUUUUUUUUUCAUGAAUCAUUAGAUGGAUUAGAUCGUUGAUUGUACUACAAGCAGCCUCUUUCAAAGAUAAUGGACAUGAGAUAGCUAUGCAAUUUUAUAAUAUCAAUUGCAUUGACACUUUAUAAAGAUAUGCAGAAUUUUUAUGGAUAAAGAGAUAUUUAAGCUGUACAGAUUCAAACGUCAGUGUCCUUACGACCGCUGUGUCAAAAGUUGUAUCGUGCUGUUGGUACUGAUCUUUGUAUGUGAGUUCAUGUGUCAUUAUGCUGCAUGUCAGCAUCGAUUCUACCCAUUCACUUUCAUCUUUUAUGUUUUAUAAACUGCCAUUUGUGUGUCUAGUUAUACUUAUGAUGGGAAAAGAAGGGACGAUGAGAGUUACCCCAGUAUUACUCUGAUUUUAGUGUUUGGUAGAUUUUGGUGUAAUGGACCUUUUUAUUUUUUUUCUUUGUUUUUUUUCUUCAUGCUUUUUUAAAUUUGAUGGUCACUAUCACAGCAAAAGUCAGUAAGACUUUUUUAUGAUUUAAGGUGAUAAGAAAAUAAAAGUAAAGUCGAUAUAGUGUAUAGGAGAUUAAAAUAUCACAGCUAAAAUUAAUUCAUCAAAUUCACAGAAUCUCAUGCUAGUUUAUUGUGCUUUCUAAGUUUGGCAAACAAAUACCCAUACAGUUGUCUGUAUAAGGGUCUGCAUAAUGCAAGGGCCACAUAGGAAAAAUAAAGUUCUUUGCCAGCCACUGUUAUAGAAAUAUGUUACAUAUCUAGCUUUUGGUAAAAACAGAGAAACUAAUAUGACAUUUUGGCUGUAAUACUUGAAAUUAUAAUGUCAACAAAGUAGGUGAAUGUUGUGGUACAUUGGCCCUCAAUGCUAUUGGGAUUAGUGAAAGCGAGUGCAGGGUAAUUGAAAGAAAAAUAUAUGAAUGAAAAAAAAAGUCUAUUCUGCACGUCAGUCCAAUUAAAGUCGUCUUUGCUGUUUGUGGCAAAGUCCUGAACGGGGUAAGACCUGAUGUGUUGAUAAGCCAUUCAUCAAUUAUUGUACGCCCAAAUAAUAACUUGUCAUUUGCUGGACUUUCACUGAGGAAACAUUUGUACCUGAAAAUUGCAAAAAAAAUGGUUCAAUUCAUUUUGAAAAAAAAUUCCAAUAUAUACCCAACAUGCGCAAAUAUCGCGAGCCCCUCCACACUCUGACCCCAGGAUCUUGGUUGGUUUUAGAUGGAGCUGACAAUGUUGACCCUUUAUAUUUAGCGAUAGACCUGUUCCUUACUCACCUCUCAAAUCGUUUUUUGCUAUAAAUUCAUUGUACACUCUCUCCAGGACUUUGUUGUAUGUGACUUUAUCUAGUGGCACACUGCACUGUCUGUGUCAGAGACGGACAGAAUUAGAAAGCAAAAACUUUUACUGACACUAAAUCAUCACAGGCGAUUGCACUCCUUGAAAAAAAAAACAUGAUGGAUUUUCAGGCAUGUAAGUCCAGUUAAGAUACUGGAAAGCCGUUUAGAGACACAUUUUACAGACAUCGUUGGCUGUCUUGAAAUCAACGAUAUCUUGUUGGACCUGUCUAUAAUUCAACAUAUAGUGCUCAGAGAAGCUACAAAUCAUAUCAGAUUCCUCUGACCGCUCCGUACGUAUAAAGGAUAUGUAGUCUUGUUUUAUCAUAACAAACAAAAUUGUGGUCUGCGGUAGCUUCCUUAGAGUUUUAUUUCAAUCCCAUAGAAUUAGCUUGACCACAGGACACUUGAUUGGAGCAGACAUUUAAGGCAAUUGCUUUCCAACUGCUGAAUCACAAUGAAUGUCAAGGAAUACACUGUCAGAUUUCUGGCCCAGCAUUCAAAUGUUCAAAAACCAUUAUGCCACACUCCCUAUGUGGUGCUUGUUUUCAGUAUCAAUGCAAGGAAAUAGUGCACAGAUACUGCAACCAAAUUGGCUGAGGAACCACUCGUGUUAAUUUUCUGCUGAGAGCUGAUACUGGCUCGACUCCUCCACUUGUCCUUUUGACCGCCAGUGUUUGAGGUGAACCUACAAACACCACAUCCAGUGAUGAAAACACACAACUCACAUUAUUACAGGGGAGAAGCACUGCAGAUAAAUAGCCUCUCUGGUUCAAUCUGGAGCUGGUAAACAGUUACCAAAGCCUGCAGUGGGUGAAGGCAGAAAGAAACGGUUUCUCUACCACAGUCGUACCGUAAUGCUAAUUUAAAAUUCUAAUGCAGGUACUUCUCAAAGCCAAUCAUCUCCAAGUGAUGGUAUCCAUUAUUCAAAACUCCCAUCUCCAAUGCUGCCUUGGUUCUUAAAGGAAAGCAUGCUGUUGUUAUACUGUACCAUGCUAGUAGCAGCAAAUAUUCACUGUGCUGUCAGAGUGGAAGCAGGUGGCCGUUGUAGUGUGAUUCAAGUGUUUCUCUGACAUUAUGUGUGAAAUAUUAUUUGGAAUAGGCAAUUGUUUGAUACAUCUCCAGCGUCAACAUAAUGGCAGAGUUCAGAUUUAUGACAGAAACCCACGUAUAAACACAGACUACUGUAAGCAUUCUUUCCAAAUUAAGGCUACUGCUUUAUGAAUGAGACAGUUUUAUUGCUGAAUAUUAGUUGUAGGCUUGUUGCUGAAUCGGAUAUAAGAUGUCCAGGAAAUGCAUAAAUUAGGUCACAAAUUUAGUCUUUUACUAUAUCCCAUAUUAUCUUAAAGCAUAAUAUGGUAGUGUUGUAGAUUAGGAGUUUUAUUUUUUGCAUGAUUUCACAUCUUGUGUACAUUCAAUGGAGAAAGAAUUCAGGAUUACAAUCCUCGAUCCUUUUACCUUGAACUCCAUAAAAUGGUCAACCUUAUAUUGUCAGGGUCUGAGAUUGUUAAAUUAAUGAAAACAAUCAGGUUGUGCAACGUUUUAUCCCAGGUCAGCAUUAUGCAUUGUUUCCCUAUUUCUUGCACCUCAUAAAAUUAGUUGGGAACUGAUCAUUCAUAUACAAAAAAAUAUAUUUAAUAAUUGGUUUUUAAACUCAUCAGAAAACAGAACAUUCUAAAUAAUUAACUAGUCUCAUGCUUAAUUUAAGGUCACGUGUCCUUAAAUUACCUAUUUCAAAUGGUGUUGUAAAUGGCUUAUUAACACUACAUGGUGAAUGGGUCUUGAGGAAAGUUAAAUCUCAGCUUUUGGUUGUUGAAAUAAAUCGUCGUGUCAUCCUAAGUGUGCUUUAAAACUCAUUUUCACGUGCUCCUACAGACGACCCAAAUGGGCUAUGAUAUGAACAUAACAAGCUUCACUGACUUUUAGCUCAAGCCUUUUCCUUUCUUUUUUGUUUUUCUUUUACACAAAGCUCGAGGUCUAUUUGGCCCUUUUAUGAUUUGCUCAUUGUAUUUGUACUGUCUGCUGUUCUGUGUCUUGUCUGCCAAGUGCCUUUGGCUAACCAGAAUUGAUUAGCAGCGCUGUACGUUUCAGCAAACCUUAACAUGCCUUACUUGUUUUGUUUUCUUGCCUCGACCAAAGCAGAUAGAGACUAUGCCUUUUGUGAGCAUGCUGUCCAACUGUUAGAUGAUUCUCUCAGAUGUGCUUUUCCACCAAGUAGCAACAGUAUCUUCAAAGGUGUUACAGUGUAAAAGUCCCCUUAAACAGUUUGGCCCAUCAAUGUUUAAAGUACAAUAUGCCACCUCAACUCAUCUGUUCAUCAUCUUUGGCAGGGGCCUCAAGCCAACUGUUGGUUUCCUCUUUCUUCAAUAAACGCUUUGC